CAGAAUCGGUCGAGAUCCAAGCCUUGAGCUUCCAGUGAUGAUUUGUUGUCUGGGUUUUCCUGGUAUGCCAUGCCCCUUGCACAUCUACGAACCCCGAUACCGCAGUAUGGUGCGGCGGGCGAUGAAUUCAUGUUCCCGCCGAUUUGGUCUCUUCAUGCCUGGCCCUGGUCCCUGUGGACUCUCCGAGGUUGGAGUUGUGUUGCACAUUCAGAACUGUGAUCCCCUGCCAGACGGCAGGAUGCUCAUCGGUACUCGUGGCGACGCACGUGUGCGCGUCUUGACUGCACGAAUUGUUGAGGGAUGCGUGACCAUACGUUUUGAGUUCCACACCGACUCACCUGUACAUCCGGAGUCACUGGAAGCCUAUCGGGCGUUGAGUUCGUCGGUACACUCAAUGGCAGCUGACUGGCUUGCAACUGUUCCUUGCAAUACUCGAGCCUCACUUGUGCCCUUCUUCGGCGGUCUACCAGCAUUCGACCAAAAGACCAACGAACCGGGCGAGUUUGCCGCUCCAGCUUGGGUUUGGUGGCUAGUAGCCGUACUGCCCUUGAACAACCAGUGUCGAUACAAGCUGCUUGCCUGCCGUUCUCCCGAAAUGCGCAUGCGGUCGUUGCAAAAUCUACUCACACGGCUCGCUUCUGAACCGAUCCACUGCGGAGGGGACUCUUCUCGAGUACUUUCCUGUUGAUGUUCAUCCCGUACUUGCACAAACGUGUCCUCAUUGAUAAUUCUCUCAUCCACUUCCUUAUCGCACUUUCACCAAACCCGCUGAAUAACUGGGUACACAUCUUGUAGAUAAUUUCCCCCGAGAACCUAGUACCGUUUCGAGUGCAUUACACCAGUUGUACGCCUUAUCCCUACUGCUUAUCUCCCUGUACUCUAUAUUCGCUGUUCACAUUUUUGAAUGCUUUUUCAUCUCAUCUUAUCGGCAAGUAGCCCAAAAGAUCACACGCCUGUGUUUUUAAUGCGGAGAGUUUGGAGCUGUGUAGGGGACCGGGCCACCGUCGCCUUAUCCUUAACCCACACACGACUGUUCAUGGUUGCGCGUCGGUAUUGCGUACCGGCGUACUGCUGACACCUUCUUCUUCAUCAUCUCAUCUUGCUUGCACCGCACUUCUUGCGGACACACGCACACACAUGUAACAACCGAACGGAGACCACACCGCAGCUAGCAUUAGUCUGUAUCUGAGGUUACUGCUUGGGCUCUCGGUAUCACAUGUCUCACGAGUACUGUGUGCGAAUAUUGUUUCUGUCCUCUAAUCCAUUUCUCUCCCAUACACUCGAUACCACUGG